AAAAUUUAUGAUAUCAAAUAAAAUAAUUUCAUAAAUCUUAUAGUUUUUUUAAUACUAUAAUUAUAACAAUAUAAUAUAAUAAUAAUAACAUAACAAUAACAAUAAAAUUAUAAUAAUAAUUAAUAACUUAUAAUUAGUAAUAAUAAUGAUUAAAAACAAAAUAUUGUUUUUAAUAAUAGUAAUAGUAUUAAAUAAUUUUGUAAUAUUAAUAAACUCAUAUCCUACUACUAGUGCUGGUAUUGUUGGCGAAUAUGAAAGUUUGUCAAUUGGCUCUAAAGAAAUAAAUAAUGUUUUAGGUCAAUUAAAAUCAAAUAUAAAUUUAAAUAGAUAUUUUUUUUUAAAUAAUUUUAAAACAACACAAAAUUUAAAUAUCAAAGCGAAAUAUUUCUUCCCAAUAUAUCAGAUUGAUUUAGUUGAAGGUAAAAAGCAAGUUCAAUACCUAAGUUUAAAUGGAGAUGGUGAAAAUUUAAAAACUAGACAACCAGUUUCGAAUAAUAGAAAUGGAUAUCCACAAUAUCAAUUAGUUGAUUUUCCAAUUGGUACCGUCUACGAUAUAUCAGUAUAUAUGGAUACAAAUAUUCAGACAUCAAAAACCUAUGAAUCUUUCCUCAGGAAUGAAUCACUAUCUACAAGCAAUGACUAUAAGACUAAAAAACUUUUAGAUGAAAAAUGUACAUAUUUAAAAUUAAAACUCUUCAAAGAUUAUUUAGGUUUAUUAUCAACACAACAGUUUUUAUGCUUCGAUAGCUUUGAGGAUUUAGUAAACAACAACAAACAGGGCAACGAUGGUAUAAAACAUCAAAACAAUCAAGACUUGUUUGACUCUACUAUCUCAAAUUUACAAUAUACAGGCAACAGUGGUAAUAGUCAUAUUGGUGGCCGUGGUGGUGUUCAAAAUGCAGUAAAUCAAAUCAAAGUAAUGUCAUAUAACACUUGGAACUUUAACGACCCAUGGAGAGAGAGAAGAGUGAAGAUGGCCGAUGUUAUUUUAAAUGAAUCACCAGAUAUCAUUUGCUUUCAAGAAAUUAGAUACUCUUCAUGGACAUCUGAAGCCCCAUUCAAAAGCUCUGUUAGAAAGGGUGAAGAACGUAAUCAGGUACAACACAUAUGGAAGCUUUUAUCAGAACGUAAUCAAAAAUAUCAUUUUACCUAUUUACCAUCAAUGGUUUAUAACACCAAUACAGGUCUCCAGUUUGAAGGUUUAGCUAUAUUCUCAAAACAUCCAAUUACAGAUAUCAGUUCAAUUAAAUUAUCAAGAGAAGUUAUGAAUGCUGAUGAUGCUCAUCAACGUUCACUAUUACGUGCUCAAGUAUAUUUAAAGCAACACGAUCUCAAUAUAAAUGUUUUUACAAGCCACUUUUCAUUGGAGGCUGAAGGUUCAAAGAGAAAUGCAUAUGAAUCACUUAAAUAUAUUAACGAAUUCCCCAAACCACAUCUCUUUAUGGGUGAUCUAAAUUUAGAACCCAGCGCAAAUGCUAUCCAAUAUUUAAUUGGUGACUAUGAAAUCAAUAACCAUGCUGGUAAUUUAAAAGACACUUGGAUGGAAUAUUCAUCUAGAAAACUUGAAGAAAAUAGCAACCAAGAUAUCUAUUUAGAUCAACUUAGAAACCAAGUCCAUAGUGAUUGCAAGAUUACAGAUUAUCUCAACGGCUAUACUUUCCCAACACUUUAUGGUGCACCAAAUAAACGUAUAGACUAUCUUUUCAGAUCAAAUGAUAAUAACUUAAAAGUACUAGAUUUUCACAUCAAAGGCAGAUGCAAAGAAAUCCCAGCAUUAUCAUCUUCGUCAUCAAAAACCUCUACCAAUUCUGACAGCAAUCAUCUAUACCCAUCAGACCACACCUCAAUUGUUACUACUUUUGAAAUUCUAAAUUGAAAUUUAAAAUAAAAACAUAAAAUCGAUCAGUAAUAAUUAUUACAGUUUGGUAAUAAUUUUAAAUAUUCGUUUAUUUUUUUAUUCACAAAUUUUAAAUAUAUCCAGUUUCGAUCAAUUUUAAAAAAAUUAAAAACCAAUCCAAAAAAGGGUUGCAAUUUUAUUAUAAUUAAUUUUUUAGAUUCAAAUAAAAAAUUGGUUUUUUUAAUUUUUUUAUUUAUUUUUUUUAA